AUGUCCCCCUCUCUUUCUUCAAAGUCAGAAUCCUCCUCAGAAAAACAGUCUGCUCUACAUUCACGGACCCUCCGCCAUCGCUCAAAUACUAGCCAGCGUGGUGCCAUCGCUAAGCUGGCAAAGGUCUUACCCAGCCGGCGUUCAGAAAAGGGAGGAACGAUCCGAUCCCACGGAUAUUGGGAAGAAAUCGAUGCUCAUCAAACGUCAACCUUCCCCCAACAGUCUGUAGAGGAUGAACAAGCUCGCAGGCUCUCUGGCCCAGACGAUCUUAUACGUUGGAACACCGCCAAAAGAAUACCACGCCCACAGCCCCCAAGACCUCUGAGCAUUCAGAUUCCGAACCAAAGGCUGGAGCAGGACUUGGUGUCACAUAACCAGCAGCGUAAAGAGUCAGCCUCGGUUUCUGCUUCACAAAUGGACCGUCGUCUUUCCUUUGCUCGACGAGCCAUCGAAGCCAAGAGAGAAGCUCGCCGCCAAAGGCAGAGCCUGAAAGAAAGCGGGGACUACUUGGGUGUACAAGGAAUCAAUCCUGACACCGGGAAGCUCGAUGCCAGUACACCAACAGAGAGUGGACAGAGCUCUGGGGGUGAAAGAGCUCUCGAACGAAUCCACGCAAUUCGCAAAGUUCUCUCUGACGCCAAGGAUUCCUACAAAGAUGUCACAGCAUGGACAGAUCGGGAGAUGAGAAGCAUAUUACUGGAUAAAGAAGGCAAAUCGUAUCGUAACAGCCAAAAGCAGGUCCAAAAAUCCGAUAUGGCAGCUGGUGUACAAUGGAGACGGCAAACAAAACAAUGGGCUUCUGUUGAACCAAUUUCACCCAAGUCGCGAGAAAAUGACACAAACCUUGUAACACCAAAAGUUUCGAAGAUUUCACAUGAUCAAGAACAAACAAAUAUUACAGGUGAUAAGUCUUUUUUAGGUCAUUGGGGCCAGCAGACGAUCAACGACAUCGCCAAAAUAGCCGAGUCUGCUUGCACACCCACCACCAUCACUACUGGCUUCGGCCAGCCGAAGUCGACUUGGAAUUCGUCGGCAUCUCCGCCACGGGCCAAAACCGUGGCAUCCGGUCAACCCAAGCCGUCAGUGUUGGAGAUUUGCUCACGACGCAAUACCACAACAUACCAGAUCAAGCCGUUAUCGAAUGUCUUGGAGAGGCAGCAAUGCCAGAUAAGAGAAGCUACAACCGCUACUACCUCCAAUCGUCACGGCCGUCAGGCACCAGAGUCCGUUCACUUCGUCUCCCCUGUGAGGAACGAGAGCAAGACCGACCAUACCCAGACAAAAACAUCCAACCCAAGUCCCGCAGCUACCGAAGUCGAGGAGAAGGAGGAAAUACUGAUAGUGAGACUGGAACAUCUUCCUAUGCCAACACUCCCUGGUACAUUCCCCAACGAAAGCGAAGGCACCGAAAGUCCUUUGGAGAUUGAUUUGAAAGCCUUUUGUCGCAGACUACCAAGUUUUGCUAUAGGUUUAUGCCUACGCUGUACCUUGUUUGGCUUAGGAUUCAUGUUUGCGUACUGGCGCAUUGUACAGCCGGUAUUUGUACCCAAUUCUAGUCUCUGGGCACGGCAAUCGAAGGGUUUAGCAACAGGUCUGGAUUCUGUCGCCAUGGCUAUGGCCUUGCCAUUGGUUGUGGGUGGGAUCUCUCUACUCUUUUAG